GGCUGUCGUGGCGAGCUUCUAUUGGUUUAAGGAUGACCUUUGACCGUAAUAUUUUUAGUACAUAAAAUCCGUCAUAAAUUCCCCUGGCAAAAAAAUAAAAAAAUCGAUGAUAAACUAGCUUCGCCUCGAGUGUGACAACGCUCCGUUUGCAGAUUCUCAUCAAAAUUCGGUUCUUCUUUGAUUGAAGGCGCAAUGGUUUACAUAACAUCGUGGGACGAAUUCGUUGAGCGAACAGUACAGUUGUUCCGUGCCGAUCCUGAAUCGACGCGGUAUUGCAUGAAGUACCGGCAUUGCGAUGGCAAAUUGGUUUUGAAGGUUACUGAUAACAAAGAGUGCCUCAAGUUCAAGACAGAUCAAGCACAGGAGGCCAAGAAGAUGGAGAAACUGAAUAACAUAUUCUUCACUUUGAUGGCUCGGGGACCUGAUGUGGACAUGUCAGAAAUUACAGGUAAAGAACAGAUCGAAGCACAGCCAGCAAAGAAGGGAAGGGGAAGAAAACAGUAGACAGCUUGAUUUGUUGGUAGGCACAUAGGGUUUUGGAACAAAUAACAUAGCACCUGGUGAAUUUUAGGGAGAAAUUUUGUGACAUGAUUUGAAAAUGCUCAGAUUAUCAAAAUUUUCAGGAAAAUUUUAAGAUGAAAUAUUCAUGAUUUUCUGGAUUCCCUCCAUUACAGAUUCACUUUCUGUAGAUUAUGGUACAAGUAUCAUUACGUUUUCCCUUUUGGAGUGGGAUUUAAGUUCCCAAUCCAUCACUAGCAACUCUGGAAAAGGAGUGAGGAAUUUGGACCAUCUCUGUUUUUGCUUCUCUAGGAUGCAGACCCUUGAAUUUCACACCGUUCUUCAUCUGCAUCUUUUGACAUCAUUACUCGGAAGCGAGGCAUGGAGUAAUAAUGCCUACCCAUAAGAAACAGGACACCCUGUUCACCCAAUAAAUCUGCAAAAGAGCUAAAAUCGGUUUUCAUUUCAGUAUUCGCACAGAACCGUAUAUCAGCUGUACUGGAGUGUGAAUGUCUAGUCAAUUUGUAGGCAGCUUUGGAUUAUCCUUCUGCCAAACUCCGAGUUCUGACUGAUAAAAAGAAUCUGUUUGAAACGUCCCGUCUCAAUAAUUAUGCAUCACUUAUUCACUUUGUUGAUUAUGGUGCGAAACCCGAGGCAUAGGUGACGUACAUGAAAUACAGGGCACAGCCUCCACUAAACUUUGUGAGACAGGGCUCUUCCUCUGCAACAUAAUUCCGGGACUCUCUGUUUAAACUGUUUGUUGUUUGAAAGAUUAAUCCUCGACUCGUGGAUGAAUGAGAACGGUCCCUUGAGUUUGGUAGAAAUUCAGACCAAAACUUCCCUCCAGGGUCCAAGCAAACAUUUUUAUCAACAAAUAGACAAAAUAUUUCAAUAGUUGCUACUAUGUUUACAAGACAAAGAACAAUUUUUUUAUUCUUUUUCGUGGGUGGGAGACAGAAAGCUCUUUUUUUA